AUGAAGCGUCUGGUAAUGUACCAAGUCCACGGUUCGACGCUGGGACUUGUGAUAAUGACUAUAGCAGAGGACUUCGGGCAAGGUGCCGUCGUUGUACCAAGUGCAGUACUGGGUGUUCUAGUUGGCGCCCUCUUGAUGCGUCGCUAUCGCCCAUCUAUUCCGAACGCUCUAGCCGCUAUGCUUCUAACCCUCCUAUCUACUCUCGCCACCAGCAUUGUUCUUGUCUCUCUUUCAUGUGACAACGACAAUCGCAUCGCAGGUCUUACUGCCACCUAUGCUGCUAUGUCUUGGCCAACCGCCCCAGGUCUACUAUCGAAGCUGGCACCUCCAAAUCUCACAGCUGGCUGCAAUCUCCACUGUCUUUCUCCUCCUAGCCGUUCACUGAUUUCUUCUCCAUUUUCCUCUCCAAACUCUUCUACCGUCUAUAAUUUUCCGACUCUGAAUCCAGACUCACUCAGAUUUUCGGAACCUAGUCCCAUUGAUAGGGUGCCUGACGGGCUGUGCUCUACUGUUGAGUUCAACCCGGUUUGCUGGCAACCUACUCUUCCUGAAGAUACAGCUCAUGGAGAAGCCAAGGCACGAUUAUCUACUCAUGGCCCUAAAGCUGGCCAACUUACCUUCUUUAAUCCUUGUCUUGCGGGUUGCCGGCGUCGCGAAAGGGUUCGCGAUUCGGUUUCUGGAGAAAUGAGAGAGCUUUUUACGGACUGUUCCUGCGUUACGGAUAAUUUUUUGACUCCUCUUGGCGUCUGGAAUAUUCCCGUUAAUGUCUCCGAUCGAGUUACUUUAAAUGAUUCUUCGCUCAGCGUUCCUCUUUCUGCUGGCCGUGUGUUCGCUGGUCGUUGUCCUGUCCAUUGUUCGAGUUAUAGUUCUUUUCUAAUCUUGCUUUUUCUACACAUCUUCAUCACUGGCAUCAAUCAGAACCCGAGUAACGUUAUUACACUGAGCAUCAGACAGUGGGCUUGGUACAUUCUCAAACGUUUCGUCGGCAUCGUAGUCGGCAUCAUCAGUGAGUAUUGCCAUUCUCUGCACCAUGCUAGCGUAGAUCCGUUCAUUAUCUUUCUGGUUAACCGAUUUAACUCAGUUCCAGUCAGUGUGCGUUUUACUCCAGGCGCUAUUUCUCAAGAGCUUAGAAGCACUUACAAUGUCGCAUCACCGAGCAGAGCGCCUAAGAUCUGA